CCAGCCCCGCCCCGGCACGUCUGUGGGCGGGCGGGCGCUGCCGCCGCAGAGCCGCCGCCGGGCCGCGGGUGCGGAGCGCUGCGCCGGCCUCCCGCAAUAUGCCUCCGCUGCCCUCGGGCUGCUCGCCAUGCCGGGCACCUGCGGGCGCCUCUCCGCGCUGCUGCCGGGGCUGGCGGCCGCGCUGCUGCUGCUGCUGACCAUGGGGCGGCCGCCUCCCGCCGCCGCCACCCGCCCGCAGCAGCAGCGAGCGGCGCUGCCCGGGGGCGCCCCCGCCGCGGCCUCAGGAUCAGUUUUUACGCUAAAAGUUCAAGUAAAUGACAUCAUCAGUCAUCAGUACCUGCGGCAAGCGGUGGUAGAGGUGUUUGUUAACUACACCCUGACAAAUUCUACUCUCACUGGAAACAAUGGAGCAGUGUUAAUAAAAGUCCCCUACAAAUUAGGAUUAAGCUUAACUAUUGUCUCAUACAAGGAUGGCUACCUGCUGACACCUUUGCCUUGGAAGACUGCGAGAAUGCCAAUAUACUCAUCCGUGACACUCUCAUUAUUCCCACAAAGUCAAGCUAAUAUAUGGCUGUUUGAAGAUACUGUCUUAAUUACUGGAAAACUGUCUGAUGCCAAAUCUCAACCAAGUGUUCAGUUUCCAAAAUCUUUAAUAAAGCUUCCAGCAAAUCAUAUUGCAAAUGUUACAGCCUAUCUGACAGUGCCAGAGCAAUUUUUGAAAGUGGACAGCUUUCUCUAUACAACAGGAAUUAUUCUAAAUAAAUCAGGUUUCAAAAGCAUGGAAUUAACUCCUCUUGCUGCCAUAUGUGUAAAUGUGCUUUUGGCUGGGAAAGAACUGAACGUAAAUGGUCCCAUUCAGGUUACACUUCCUCUUCCCACAACUACUGUAAAAUCAGGAGAUGCCGUACCUGCCUGGACAUUUGAUAUGAAAAUUGGUGCUUGGGUAAACCGUGGGCUAGGCAUGGUCAGGGAAGUGGAUGGUCAGUUAGUGUGGACAUACACUGCUCAGCACUUGGGCUACUGGAUAGCAGCUCCACUGCCGGGAACGAGAGAAUCCAUUAUUAGUGCUGUUUCCAAGGACAUAACAGCCUAUCACACCGUGUUCCUUACGGCCAUACUGGGAGGAACUGUUGUCAUUAUCAUUGGAUUUUUUGCUGUUCUCCUUUGUUACUGCAGGGAUAAAUGUCGUCGGACACAGAAAAAGGAGAAAAACACAACCAAGCUGGAGGUCAUAAAAAAAGACCAGACAACGUCAACAACUCACAUAAAUCACAUCAAUGCUGUCAAAGGGUCUUUAAAGCUGGAGGAUAAGUCACAGUUAUAUACGCCGAAGAUUUCUUCAUACAGCCCUCAAAGAAGGCUGUCCAUAGACACGGAAGAUGGAAAAUCACAAGACAAAUUUAAAAUCUACUCAGAGGAUGCUUCUUAUCAGUCAUCCUGUCAGCUUGGUCAGGCAGGAAAUUUGGCUCAUUCAGUGGAGCCUAGUGCUGGAGUGAGGCUUUUACAGCAGCCAAAGCACAGUAACAGUGCUAUUUCCCAGGCUCCUAGGGACAUUCCAGACCAAAACAGAUACCUUUCACUGAAAGAGGAGAUGUAUGGGCUUUCCCAUAUCCCAGAACAUCUAAUGCAUAUUUACAACCAGCCUAUUGCUAUUCUUCAAACCUCAGACCUUUUCCAUUCCCCGGAACAACUGCAUCCUGCUAAAUCAGCAACUCUGCCAAGGAAAGGGCAGCUGGUGUAUGGCCCCAUGAUGGAACCCAUGAAUCGUGAGAGUUACAUGCAAACACUCCCCAAAAUGCCAGGGCACUCUCAUCCCCAGCCUUCUGCCUGCAGAGACGAGAGCAGUGCCCUGGAUGGUGAAGAGGGCUUACCUUCCCAAGCAUCCAACUGGGGCCGCUACACCAACAGCCUGCUGGAGUCUGUCUCUGUUCCUGGGACAUUGAAUGAAGCAGUUGUGAUGACUCCCUUUUCAUCCGAACUUCAGGGGAUUUCAGAACAAACGUUGCUGGAACUCUCUAAAGGAAAACCAUCUCCACAUCCCAGAGCAUGGUUUGUGUCCCUGGAUGGAAAGCCAAUUGCUCAAGUGAGGCAUUCUUUCAUAGAUCUGAAAAAGGGCAAAAAAACUGAGAGUAAUGAUACCAGUCUGGACUCUGGUGUGGACAUGAAUGAGCAUCAUCCUAACAGGAAACUGGAGAGAGAGAAAACUUUCAUUAAAAGUAUGCCACAUUCUAAGAUUCUUUACUUGGAAGAUCUGGAUCUGAGUAGCAGUGAAAGUGGGACCACUGUUUGCACUCCAGAGGACCAGGCUGUGAGACACAUUAUGGAAGGAGGGAAUGGGCCAGUCCUAGAACAGCAUGAUGAGGAAAGUCUAAGGAAAAAAUCUCUGCCAGGAAGUCAUGAAUCUGGUAUCCCUUCUGCUAAAAAAAGGGAUAGACCACCCCUCUUGAAAAGAGAUAGCAAAACCAAUAUCUGGAAGAAAAGAGAGGAGAGGCCGCUUAUUCCUAUAAAUUAAAACAGUGUGCUUUGUGCUGUUGCUCUCCCUGCUGGUUGUUGACCUCUUGCCUGCUUCUGUAAUUCUGCAGUGUUGGGUUUACAAGGCAAAUGCUGUUUUCUAGUAUCAAGAAAAGUUUCAUUUUUUAACAUACAGAUUGAGUUACCAAACUUCAGCUGGGCAGUUGAUAUCCCAUGUGAAUUGAAAACAGGGAAAUGUUACUAUUAAACUUUUCCAGUUCCUAAUUUUACUGGCAGUAUGGGGAAGGGCCCACAUUUUACUUAGCCUGUCAUUCUUGGACACACCUUUGGGAAUGCACAGUGAGAAAUGUAGGCACAUGAUUUAUGUUUUUUGUACUUGUUGCUAAUGCAAUGGUAGCCUAGUUAAAGCCAUUCCUCAGCCUUGUUCCUAAUCGUGACCAUCUGUACAGUAUUUUAUAUGUGAACUUUUCUAGGGAUCCGUUACUACUCCUUUGUAUAAUGUGAAAUGUCUCAUCCGUUGGUCCCACGACACCAGCAGAGGAGCUCUGCUGGAUUUAUCAGUGGAGCUCCAUAGCAUUACUGCCCUCCCUGUGUGCCCAUCCAUGUGCAAUUCCAUACAACACUGGGGGAAGGGGAAGUGUACAGGUGUGGCCUCUGCAGUUCGUGGUCCCCACUAUAUUAAGAUUUGUUUAAAUCUGCUUUGUUAUGGCCUGUGGAUGUUGAAGACUGACAUCGGCUAUGAAGGGUCCACAUCCAGCAGAAAAGGACCGGUUUGGGUAGCAUUUGAAGCUGGAGCUGCUCCUGAUCCCAGUGUCUUGUUCUGGCUUCUUUGUCUGCAAACAUCUCUUCUGCAUGCUGUUGGGCCAGCUGUGCUCCAAGCCUUGAAUCUCUGCAUAUUCACAAGUGAGAGUUUGGCCCAUGAUGAAGUGUGCAAGAUUAGACAAAUCAUGCCUUGGAAAUAGUUUCUUGAGCAGGAAAGAUCGGCACCAUUGCUUUUUUCUUUAUGUUUAAAACAAUGAGAGAUCAUUUGGGGUUUAUGUGCCUAUAUUUUGCCAGCCUGAGCUGCUUUUAUCUAGGUUUGCAGAGGAGUUAAACAGGCUUUAAAAGUUGGGGGGGAAGGUUAUGAGCAUGAGACAGCAGAUUGCAAAAUUUGGUCUAUAAUGCAAUAUAAAUACUAUUUAUGACUCAUGUUAGAGUUAAAUUUACCAAAAGUCAUGAAUGCAUGAAUUUUAACUAAGAUAUGUAUAGAGGAAGGAAAGGCCAUCAGAAUAUUCUUUAAUUUUAAUGUUCAUCUUUUCAAAAUGAUCAUUUCAACUUUGGCUAACAGAAAAAUAGAUGCAUCUCUUAAUGUGCUUCAUAUAGCAGACAGAAUGUAUUUCUGUGGCUUUGAGGAUGUUUCCCUGGUGAAAUAAGUUCCAGCAUUUUGGCUUUGGCAGUUUGAUUAUAAAUCAUCCUAAAAAGGCUUUAUAAAUAUUUCCCUUAGAGCUUGGUUAAGGUUCUGUACCAAGACCCAAACACACAAUACCUAUAUUUGAAUUGUGACGUGAGUGGUGCCUGCCCUGUAGUACACUCAAGAGUUAGGAGGUAUCCUAUGCAGCUGGGCUUCUGGGAAUAUUUACUCAGGAAAUAUUACUGUGAAAUAUGUCUGUUGUGUUGGGAUUGUCAGUUGUCUGGUGCUGUUUCUAGAAGAAUAUGGAAGGUAGCCAGGAUGUUACCAGCAAUGCAUCAGUCCUGACUGAGUAUUUGCUUCAUGAAUGAAAUGUUCCUAUUGAGUUCACAAGUAUGGAAGUGCAAAUUAAGUUUGAGAUAGGUGUGUGUGGUGGGUUGACCUUGGCUGGAUGUUGGGUGCCCAUCAAGCUGCUCUAUUGCUCUCCUUUCCCAGCUAAAUAGGGGAGAGAAAAUAAGGUGGAAAACAACUCCUAGAUUGAGAUAAAGCAGUUUGCUAAGGCAAAGUAACAGUUUGCGUGUGCACAAAGAGGGAAAAGAAUAGGUUUGUUCUCUAGUUCUUGACAGCAAGCCAUGUGUUGCCUCUUCCUGGGAAACAGGGCUUCAACACGUGUAGUGGUUGCUCCAGAGGGCAAACCUUGUAAAUCACAAAUGCCCCCACUCCCUUCCUUGGCUUUCAUAUCUGAGCUGAUGUCACAUGGUAUGGAAUAUCCCUUGGGUUAAUUUGGGUCGGCUGGCUUAGUUGUGUCCCCUGCCCGGUUCUUGCCCACGCCUAGCCUGCUGAUUGGCAGGGAAUGUGGAGAGUCAGCACUGAUGCUGUGCCAGCCCUGCCCAGCAGUAGCCAAAACAUUGGUGUGCUGUCAACACCUUUCCAGGUCCCAGUGCAAUGCACAGUGCUGCAAAGGCUGCUAUGAGGAAUGAACUCCAGCUCAGCCUCAUCCAGUGUCCAUGGGCAUCACCAUCACAGAUGGGGAUCUCAGCUCCAGUGCCUGGAGCACCUCCUCCCCGUCCUUCGGCACUGACCUUGGUGUCUGCAGAGUUGUUCCUCUCACAUGUUCUCACUCCACUCUUCUCUGGCCACAAUUACAACUGCACCAUAACUUUUUUUCCUUCCCAGAUCUGUUAUCACAGAGGUGUUACCAUCAUUUCUGAUUGGCCCAGCCUGGGUCAGCAGUGGCUCUGUCUUGGAGCUGCUGGCAUUGGUUCUGCUGGACAUCAGGGAAGCUUCUGGCAGCUUCUCACAGAAGCCACCCCUGUAGUCCCCCCAUUAUCAAAGCCUGGCUACCCAAACCCAAUACUGUGGUAUCUCAUCAGUAACGAAUGCUGAUUUCACAAUGAAUGCCUAAUGACACAGUAUUUCAUCUUCCACUCUGUGGAAGCGUGAGCCACACUGGAGGGGUUUGUGGAGAACUGCUGCCCCUGAGAAGGACUCGAGUUGGAGAAGUUCAUGGAGAGCAGCCUCCUGUGGGAGGGCCCCUGUGCUGGAGCAGGGGAAGGACCUGUGGCCCCGAGCAGCGGCAGAAACCAUAUGUGAUGAACUGACCCAUGCCUGUCUCCCUGUGUCACUGCGGGGACAAAGCAGAGCAGGGAAAGAGGGAGGGGUGGAGGGAAGGUGUUUGUAAGAUUUAUUUUACUUGUCAGUAUCCUGCUCUGGUUUUGUCAGUAAUAAAUUCAGUUAUUAUCCCCAAGGUGAGUGAGUCUGUGUUCCCAUGCCAGUACUCAGUGAGUGAUCUCUCCCAGUUCUUAUCUCAGUUCAUGAACCUUUCAUUGUAUUUUCUCUCCUCUGUCCACUUUGUGCAAGGGAUUGGUAAGAGUCACUUUGGUGUGUGCCUGGCAUCUAGCCAGGGCCAAACUACUCCAGUGUGCAAAUAAGUCUGUAAUUAAAUUGGCCUGAGGAACCUAAAAGAGGUUUAAUUAUGAUUCAUCUAUUUCAGAUGUGAAGGUGGCUUGUCAUAUUAGCAUGCCUUUGGUUCUCUUUCAAGGUAACAGGAAUUCUGUUGUCCAAUACCAAAUACAUUUUCACAAUUUUUUUAAACGUGCUGUUCUACUGGAUUUUUAUAUGACUUUCUAGGCCCAGAUAUGGAUCAUUUCAUCCUUUGCUUUGUUGUAUACAUUAGUAGGAAUCAAUUUUUGUGUGCACAUUUCUUCUGAAAGCUGCUCUUGAGAUUCAACAUUGCCCUGUUUGCAGAGUUGCAUUGGUUCUGAUGGCUCCCUUUUGAAAAAGAGAUUAUACAUUCUGUUGAACAUAAUAGAAAACCCCUAACAAUCUAAUGGUUUUGAGGAAUUCAUAUUAAGUUCAUAUGUCUUUACUUGAAAUUUUGUUCACCUGCAGUAAUAUUUGAUUUUUAAAAUGCAUUUUUCAUUGUAUAUACCAAAAAGACCGAAUUUCUCAAACUUACUUGUAUCAUAAAAAAAUACAGACUACUGUAAAUGGCUUUAUUUAUGUGAGUUCAAAGGAAACAAAUUUGGCACUCUGUUGUUCUCAUUCUCUGACAGAGUAAGUAUCUGGUCAUCAAAGAAAAAUGAUUAGAAAUCCAACUCUAAAAUUAUUAUGAUUUGUAUUCAUACAGAAUACUUCAGAAUAUAUUAUCUCAGUCUUCACAUUCCAGCUGUAUGUUGGAAUUUAUGCACUGAAAAAACCUGUAUUGCCUGCUAGAGAUUAGAAUUCUCUUUGGUUUUAGAUCAUUAAAAAGUGUUUGACUAUACUGAGCUCUAAAAAUUUUAAUUCCACAAAAAAUUCUACAUGAUGUGUAAUAUGUAGAAAAGACAGACUGUCACAGUGAAGUUUUUUUUCUGUAGUCAAACUAAUGGUUUUCUAUAUUUCUCUAUGAUUUCAACAUAUGAAUUUAUAGGAAUCACUGAAAUGAUUUUUUAAGAUUUUUUUUCUGUUGGCUCUUUGUGGCAUGAACAGACUGUUAAUGGUGCCAGAAUUAGGCCUAUACAAAAAUUAGCAAGGAUUUGUGGCACACAGCUCUUGGAAAGGCUGGGGAAACAUUCAGAGGUUUUGACCUCCUUGAAUCUGGAGGUUGCUUACGUUGAGAAGAAGAAGUGGGUCACAUCUGUGAGCCCCUUCUAAGGAGAGGGGAAUGAGAAGGGAAAAUUGGAAAGGAUAUAGCUUCUUUCUGAUGCUAGUUUGCAAACUUAUACGUCUUUGUGCUUUGGUGGAAUCAAUUUUUUCUGAACACAAGUAUUUGCUUUUGUCUCAGUUCUUCACAAGGCACGUCUCGAGCUGUCAGCUUUUGUAAGAAAAGCCCGUAUUUAUGUACAUAUAGUUUUAAGUGCAAACUCACUAACAGUAAUUUUUAGAUUAUUACCAAAUGCUAGAUAUUAUUAAUGAAAGAAAAAAGGUGGGGGAAUCACUUAAAAUCCCAUUUUAUAGUAUGAUCAAAAAAUAGAACUCUGGUGUUAUAAACCUGAAAGUAAAAAUGAUGUAUUGACUAGGGAGAUUAGUUACCACUAUAAAGCUGGAGAUGAUGCACCAAAAAUAAUCCAGGAUCUAGAAAUGUUGAGUUGUCUUCUUUGUUUUUAUGAAGUCAUUUCUACCAAAGAGGAUGAAAUGAACGGGCACCAGUAUAAAUUCUUGUUAGUUAAAAAGUGGCAAAGUUUCACAACACUACUGAUCAAACACUGUGAAAGGCAGUGCAUCUACUACAUCUGUUGUCUAGUACUUUAUGAAAACGGGGAGAUAAAUUAGCCUGCUGAAGUGCCUUCCUCUUUCAUCAGAUUUAUUUUAUCAGUGGGACACCUGACUAUCUAAAAAGCACAUGAUGUUUUUUUUUCUGUUAGCCAAAAAAACCCUGAAUUCAUACAAUUAUGUAGCUUUUAUAAUAUUUUAAAAGGCAAUUUUAGUGAUUUUUAUGUUGGAAUACUGACUUCUGCAUGUUGAUGAUGAUGGUAAUUGUUGUAAAACCUGGAUUUUGUAUUUUAUGUUUGAAAAGAAAUUUAUAAAAAUAUAUCUUUAGCAAUCUGAACAGUAGCGUCUUUUGAAAAUGAGCAUAUGGGAUCUGAUUCAACUUUGUAUGUCAGGUGCAAGCAUCUUGAAGUCACUGGAUUUACAGAUAUGAAACUGACUUUUCAUUCAAAAAUGAAAUUAAUAUAUGUUUAUAUAUAAACACUAUUAUAAUGAUAAAAGUCCUUUUUUCAGCUGCUAACUUUGCUUGCCAGUAGCAGCAGAAAGUGUAUGGAGAAGGGUACGUAAUUCUUAUUUUAUAGAACCAAUUUUUAUCUCAAUUUGGAGCCUAACCUGCAUUGAUUUUUAAUUGCAUAUUAUUUUAUUUUAAUUCAGUGAUAUUAGGAAAACAUAGUACUAUGCCUACGGAGUUAAGAUAAACAUUCUUUGAUAGUAGUUUGUACUAAUUUGUGCCACACUUCUGACAGUAGGCAGCUACAUUUGCGUUAAAGAAUUUAUAUGAAAGGUGGUUUAAAUGACUUCAAUCUGAGCUUUGUUUUCUUUUAAAAGCAGUAUUCAUUGUGUUCUGAAAAAAAGCUUCAGGUUUUUUUAAGACUGGCAGGGCAAAACUCUGUUAUUUCCUGUGUGCUAGCACCCUCAGCCUGAAAACUGUUUUACCAAAUGAAUUUUUUCAGUCAGUUUUACGACUUACUGAACAUUCCUGUAUUCCCCCUCCCCAAAAUAUCCUGGUACUUUAUUCCCCGGGUAAUUGAUUUAGUUCCUUUCAAGCACUUGUUGCACUUCAGUCCAUGUUAGAACAGUACUAUUUUUACAUGUCACUGUGUAGAAAGGCAGUUUUUAGUGCUCGUUAGAGCAUGUUGUUCAUACAAAGCCUGGCUCUGGGUGUUGCAAGGCAGGUGAACUCAUGGUACUGACUGUACUCACCACCUUGGACUCUGGAGCCUUAUAUUCAACAAAAGCUUCAUGACCUUGGUAAUUAUUUUGAAAAACUCUCUAGUAUGGAUAUCAUUUAUGUAAAACAUUCUUGAUAUUGGCAUCCUGGUUUUAGGUAUUUCUACCUUUUUAUAUUUUGUCAGAGGUGUCUUUUCAACUCUCUAUUUACUACAGUAUCAGUGUAUCUGUUGCUGAAAAUGUAACUAAGAUUUGUAAAAUGUUACAGCUUAUGCAAUAUAAUAAAAAAUUUGAAAAAGUUA